AUGUCCGGCGGGGGAAACAUCAAGGUCGUAGUACGAUGCCGUCCACUUAACUCGCGCGAAAUCGCGCGGGGGGCAAAGUCCCUCAUCCGCAUGGAGGGGAACCGGACGAUCCUCGAUCCACCAGAGGUGCAGACCACGAGCGCGCGCGCGAUCGAGAAGAAGUCGCAGGUGUUCUCCUUUGACAAGUCGUACUGGUCCGCCUCAUCCAAGGAUGACCCCCGGUAUGCGAGCCAGCAGACGCUGUUCGAUGACCUCGGCGUUGAGCUCCUCAACCACAGUUUCGAAGGCUUUAACACUUGUAUCUUCGCAUACGGGCAGACGGGAAGUGGCAAGAGUUACUCGAUGAUGGGAUAUGGGCGCGACAAGGGUAUCAUUCCGCUCUCGACCUCGGAGCUGUUCCGUCGUGUUGAGCAGCAGGCCAGCAAUGAUCCAAACUUGACUUACACGGUCGAGGUGUCGUACAUCGAAAUCUACAAUGAGAAGGUGCGCGACCUGCUGAAUCCCAAGAACAAGGGCAAUCUCAAGGUGCGCGAGCACCCGUCGCUCGGCCCGUACGUUGAGGACCUCAGCAAGCUGGUCGUCGAGAACGACGCUCAGAUGAUGACGCUCAUGGACGAGGGCAAUAAGGCAGGUGGCUGCCGGCCGCCAUGGCUGACGUGA